UUUUUUCCGUUUCAUAUUGGGAUUUCUAUCAAGUGUAAAUCUAUAGAGAUCUCUUUCCCACCUGAUUAUCAACAGCGCCCUGCACUGCAGUAAAGCUUAUUGUAGUUUUUUUUAAACCAAGCAUAGUGGUCCUUUAAUGACAAACGGACAUUUUUGAACUACAUAUUCCAAUCAAUUCUAAGCGUUCUUUCUGUUUUCGAUGGAGGUCUCUAACCAGACAGUUGUGCUUUGGCAAGCACGCUAGCGUAGCGAGUUUGGUGCAGCCUCGUAUAUUCUGCGCGAAAUGGGAGUAUCAGAUUUGACUUUUGACACAACUGGUCCAGUGGUGGACCUGUCAGCGCAGGGUCUGCAGAAACUGGAGCCCAGUUUCACCUGCUCUGAUGAAACACACACACUCAUUCUGGACAGGAACCACAUCAUGAAACUGGACCAUCUGGAGAGGAGCCGAGGCCUCCAACAGCUGUCAGUUGCUGGUAACCGCCUGGUGCGGAUGAUGGGUGUGUGUCGUCUAACCGAGCUGAGAGUUCUGAACCUGCCCAAUAACAGUAUUGGCUAUAUUGAAGGGCUGAGAGACCUGCCACACCUGGAGUGGCUCAACCUGUCAGGAAACAACAUCAAGGUCAUUGAGCAGCUCAACGGCUGUGUGGCUCUCCAACACUUGGACGUGUCUGACAACAACAUCUCCAACAUUGGUGAUCUUACCAAGCUGUUAGCCUUAAAGACCCUUCUCCUUCAUGGUAACAGCAUUACGACGCUACGGACUGUCCCCACUCAUUUGCCCGCCCAUCUGUCCAUCCUCUCCCUGGCAGAGAAUGAGAUCAGAGACCUCAACGAGGUCUCCUACCUGGCACCCCUCCAUGACCUGGAACAGCUCUCCAUUAUGAGUAACCCCUGCAUCAUGGCAACCCCCUCGUUGCCUGGAUACGACAACCGGCCGUACAUCAUGAGCUGGUGCCUGAACCUGAAGAUCCUGGACGGAUACUUGGUGUCACAGAAAGAAGGGUUGAAGGCGGAGUGGCUGUACAGCCAGGGCAAAGGUCGCCUGUACCGGCCAGGUCAGCACGUGCAACUGGUCCAGUACCUUGCCACCGUGUGCCCUUUGACCUCCACGUCAACCCUGGAGACGGCCGAGGAUGCCAAGCUGGAGAAGAUCCUCAGCAAGCAGAGGGGUCCUGUGUAUAUCUCCAGGUUCCACCAGAGGCAGCUCCAGCAGCAGACCCAAGGGGGUUCCCCCAGCCCUCCCCGCCCCACCCAGCUGGAUGUGGAGACUCACAGCCCCUGUCAUGUGCCUCCACUGGGGGGAGCCAGAGAGGCAGACAGAGCCACGCCUGUGACUGCCCCACCAGCCAGACAGGCAGAGCCAGCGAUCCUGCAGAUAAACACCUGGCUGGGCUGCGAAGCCUCCCAGGCGGGCGCACCUCCUCUCCGUGGCCCCAGGGGUAUGGAGGACAGCCUCUACCUGGAGGACGUUCAGAGCCAGACGGACGAAGAUAAACUCACCGGUAGUCUGCUCUCCUCUGAGUCCACCUUUCUACCUGUCACCUCUGACCCCGCCCACUCUGACAGCGAGGACGAAACUGAGACAUUUGAGCCUGACUCGCUGGCGCCUGAACACCCCAUCCGUCCCAAAAAGACCUCUCCUGAAAAGACCCAACACGCACCCUUGGAAAGGGAGAUGGAGAGCGAGGUGGAAAAUAGAGUGAAGGAGGUAAAGGGAGAAAGGGUGUCGGCUGACAGCCACCUCACCUGUACCUUAACCAUCAGUCCACCUGUGACGGCAGGUGACCAAUCACAGACCAAUGACAGCGAUCCGCUCCAGGGAGCAUACUCAAACUGUGUUGCUGCAGAGGUGAGGGUGGGACCUAAGCAGGAAGAGGAAGCGGUGGUGAGAUGUGACAGGCUGGGCCGCUGUGAGGCGGACAAGGCAGCCGUCAGGAUCCAGGCAUGGUGGAGGGGAAUGUGGGCUCGGCGUAGCCACCCUCUGGCCAAAGAGGUCCGGUGUGAGAUCCGCCUGCGCAGGAUGCAGGAGCACAUAAUCUUCCUGUCUGGAGAGUUGGAGAGGGUGCGCCAGCACCACGAAGAGGAGCGGUUACAUAGACUGGUACAGGAGGAGGCUGUGAACUUUCUAUGGAGUCAGCUUCAGUCCAUGCAGCAGUGGCAGCAUACUGUGGAGGGGCAGCUGGCCAGUGUGGCUCAGGCUGGGUCAUCUCCUGCUCCAGCCCUGACCCCCGGGCUCCCUCCAGCUCUUCGGCUCCCCCUGCCUGUGGCCUUCAGCACUGCAGACCCGGCUUGCACAGACCUCUCCUUCCCGGACUCAGGCUUCCAGUUUACAGGUGAACAGCAGGCGGGGCAGGAAGACACCUUACUGAGCUGUGGGACGGGUGACUCUCUGGAGACUGUGCGGGCGCUGGCCUUGGGGGGGUCCAUGGCUCCUGGCGUUGGGGGGGACAGUCAGGACUGCAGUCUGCUGGAGCAGUACCUGUCCUCUGUGCAACAGAGAGAGGCGGAGGAGGGGGGUGCCAGCGACAGAACAGGCACACCACAGCCCCCCUCACCCCUCUCACUGGCCGAAAUGGAACAGCCUGACUCCAACACUCAGAACACCACCCAGAGUGAAGACACAGAGCAGCAACACACACUGGGAGGUCCAAUCUGAUGUGCCUGUCCCUCUCCUGGAUUUUCUCCUGGUCUUCUGGGAUUAGCUAAGAGACUGCCCAUAAACUCAGUCCACCUGUGCUGAUGAAUGUUAUUGAUGGCUCUAACAGCGCCUCUGAGAAUUUACUGACUCACAUCCAUAUAAGGAGUGGUAUAUGGACUCAAGGAUGUGGAUAUGUUUGUAUAGCCCAGAUGAUUUUUCUCCCUUUAAUUCUCUUGGACAAUGCUACAUUAUUCAUUGUCAUGAUCUGUCAGUCAGUUUGGCUAAUGCUUCCUUCACUUACGUUGGGGAGACGCGGUAACGGUAGUUCCAACUCCCGGCAGCCCUGGUUUUUCCCCACGCGGCCAACACGCAAUCUUAUAUUGCUGCGAUUUAAUGGUCAUCCGCGGCGUGUCCCGAUGUUAAGGGGUUGCACAGCGGAAGACCAGAUUCUCCAAGAGUAUCAGAUAGAACUACAAUUCACAUAUAUAAGUGCCGCUACUUGGUCGUCCCAAAUCUCCUCAAUGUCAAUCUACCUUUAAGUAGAAACCGAUUGGCUACAGUUCAGGCUAGACAGCUCGGCUCUAAAUGUAAUUCCAAUUUCUUCUGUAUUUAAAUGCCUCAAUCUAUCCUUGUAUUCCUGCAGGUGAGUGAGAGGACCAGGUCUGGACUAGAUGAUUUGGCGUGAAUGUAAAUAUCACAGCGUGCUGAGAAGGUAGUUUAGUUGCUGAGAAUGGUUAAAUGCAAAUUGUAAAAAAAGAUUUGUAAAAAUCUGGUGCUCUAUGUUUACACAAUAAAAUGUUUUCUUUAACAUUGGUUUGUUAAAUUGAGUAUGGCUUUUCCCUAAACUCACUGAAACUACAGUUCCUUCAGAAAGUAUUCCUCUCCCUUGACUUAUUUCACAUUUUGUUACAGCCUGAAUUCAAAAUGGAUUCAAUAUAUAUUUUUCUCACAAAUCUACACACAAUACCGCAUAAUGACAAAGUGAAAACAUGUUUUUAGAUUUUUUUUUAGCAAAUGUUUUGAAAAUGAAAUACAGAAAUAUCUCAUAAGUUUUCACACCACUGAGUCAAUACAUGUUAGAAUCACCUUUGGCAGCGAUUUAUAGCUGUAAGUCUUUCUGGAUAAGUCUGUAAGAGUUUUGCACACCUGGAUUGUACAGUAUUUGUCCAUUCUUCUUUUUAAACCUCUUCAAGCUCUGUCAAGUUGGCUAUUGAUCAUUGCUAGACAGCCAUUUUUAAGUCUGGCCAUAGAUUUUCAAACCGUUUAAGUCAACUUUUACUAGGCCACUCAGGAACAUUCAAUGUUGUCUUGGUUAGCAAUAUUUGGCCUUGUGCUUUAGGUUAUUGUCCUGCUGAAAGGUGAAUUAAUCUCCCAGUGUCUGUUGGAAAGCUGACUGAACCAGGUUUUCCUCUAGAUUUUGCUUGUGCUAGGUUCUAUUUCAUUUAUUUUUAUCCUAAAAACCUCUGUAGUCCUUGCCUAUGACAAGCAUACCCAUAACAUGAUGCAUCCACCACCAUGCUUGAAAAUAUGAAGAGCAGUACUCAGUGACGUGUUGGAUUUGCCCCAAACAUAAUGCUUUGUAUUCAGGACAUAAAGUAAAUUGAUUUGCCACAUUUUUUUGCAGUAUUACUCUAGUGCCUUGUUGCAAACAAGAUGCAUAUUUUGGAGUAUUUUUAUUCUUUACAAGCUUUCUUCUUUUCACUCUGUCAUUUAGGUUAGUAUUGUGGAGUAACUACAAUGUUGUUGAUCCCUCCUAAGGUUUCUCCUGUCAUAUUCCUUACACUUUGUAACUGUUUUAAAGUCACUAUUGUGCUUCUACACCUGCAUUGCUUGCUGUUUGGGGUUUUAGGCUGGGUUUCUGUACAGCACUUUGAGAUAUCAGCUGAUGUACGAAGGGCUAUAUAAAUAAAUUUGAUUUG